AUGUUUGUACAUUCUUCUCCAAUAGCAGUCGUGCUGGUCACGCUGCUUUCAUUCGUUACUUCUCGACCUCAAAGCCUCUCCCAAGGGCAAGAUACCGGAUCGAGCCUCGAGUCUGGUACAUUUCCUGGCUCGAACCUCAACAGUAGUCUUACUACGAAUCCCGAUCCAACACCGAGCAAUGGUUUAGUAAACAACACCAACACCAGUCCCCAGGCGGGCCCCAGCACAGCGUCAGUAUCUAGCUCGCAGCCAGCGACAAAUAUGUGCGGUAAUGAUCAGCAAAUUAUUUUGGACGGCACGCUGUGGCUGGUGGCUAACACUGAGCGACUUUCUCGCAGCGAGAACGUUUGCAAAGGGUAUGCGAAUGUAGCCCUCACCCAGGGCUUGGGGAAUCCGAUAUCUAGCAUCAAUUCGAUUCCCGCAACUUAUCAGUGGACUCGCACCAAUACCUCCCCCUUUAAAGGCAACAUCUGCUUCGAUUUCCUCCUGGGUCCGAAGGGCGACUCGACCUCCCCCGCUGCCACAGAACUUAUGCUCUGGCUUGAGUGGGAAGGGGAUCAGCUCCCAAUUGGAUGGGAUGCUGGGCCAGCAGCAACUAUCCCCAACCUCUUUGGUACUUCUUGGAAAAUAUACGAGGGAGUUAAUCAUGGGAUGACAGUGGUAAGUGAUUUCGUUCAAUCGUUUAAGGAACGUAGCUAG